AUGGAGGUACCGGAGCAACCAACCGACACCGAGGUGAAACCAACAUUAAACGUGGAGGAAGAGAUCGGUACUCAGGAAGACGUAGACAGGCUUUUGUUGCAGUCUAUGGAAGAUGAAGCUCGAAAAGAUCCGGAAAAGUUCUUCAUGCAGAUCAUGGAGGAAGGAGACACAAAUCCUCAACGGAAGACAAUUCAAAGAGUUCACAUCACUCGUUUCCUUGAAAAACGUCUCGAAGUUCUUUCUACUAUCCGCAACAAAACAGCAAGACAAAUGCAUGAAAUCUUCCGUAUGCUGAAGGAGUUUAACUACGGAUGGCUUCGCCAGCUCAUUGCUCUUUGCUUUUACGAAGAACAUCCGGGAUUCUACAUAGUGCAGCAUUGUUUCUACCUCUACAUGAUGAAACAAAUCCGUUUUCAAGUUGAUGACAAAAGACUUUUCAAAAACGAUUCGAUUGGAAAACAGAGAAGAAAGGUGUAUUAUCUGGAGAAAGCUAAAGAGGCUGAAGAUAAGAAAGCUAUGGAGGCUGCUAAGAAGAGACAAGAUAUGGAAUCUGAAAAGGAGAAUAAGGCGGAAUGUGGAGUUGAGGAAGCGGAGGAUGGAAAGGCUGAGGAGGCUGGAAGUGAAUCAACGGAGACGACAAAUUAUGGAGUUGGAACAGGUGUCAAGGAACAAGGUACUUUGGAAACAAUCGACGAAGAAGCACCGGAUGCCGAAGAUGAGGCUGUCGAGGAAGUCACGGAGUCCACCAAAACUCAUUGA